AUGGAGGGAGGAUUCAGGAAGCAGGAAGGGGUGGUUGGAAUUUUGGCCUUUGAAGUUGCAUAUGUCAUGUCUAAGCUAGUCCCUCUGUGGGAUUCCCUUAGCUUUGAACAAGUUGAGAGGGACAGAAAAUUUCUGCCGAAUUCGGUGGGGUUUAAAAAGCUUGUGCACAUGAUGCCGAUUUCAUCCGAGGAUUUUGAGCAUGCUGUUUGUGACUGGAUUGACAACGGUGUUGACGCUUUUGGAUGGAAACUUUCAUCGGAGGAGAUGGGAAAGGAGGCCAAAAAGAUGAAAAGUUUUGUGUCAGUCACCGGAGAUUUGUACCACCAGAUGAAACUUGUUUCGCAUCUUGAAGGUACUAGAAACCGCAUGGAUGGUCCAAAUUGGCUUGAGAUUCAGCACAAGAUAGAGCUCAAGCAGCUCGAGGUGGACAAGUUAAAAGAGGAGUCUUUGUGGAACAUGACUUUCAACUACAUAGGUAUUAUCUUGGCAAGAUCUGUGUUCACAAUUUUCACUCGUAUCAAGUCUGUUUAUGGAGUUCCUCAGCUGAAUGCUGAUCGAUCACACUAG